CGAAGUAGUAUCACUACUCACUAGCGAGAGAGGGUUAACGGACUCGUUGAUAAACUGUCUAAAGCCCUGCAACGCCUCUCACUUCCCGAGAAGCGGCGUCAUUCUCGUCAGGAUUCAUUCGGUUAAGCUGUCGGCUGAGCGAAGCUCGUCUUCUUCAUAUGGAAGAAAUGGAGUUGGAUGGUUUGAUUCCAUAUGUGGGGGCGGGAAAUUGCAGUUCCGAGAUCGAAGCAUAUGGGCACGGCGUGGAUCAAAUACUGAAAAAGGUUAAUGAGCUGGAGAAAAGGGUCAGCGAGGUCGAGCAAUUCCAUCACGAUCAAAGUAUAAAGCAACUGAGCAUCUCCAAAGGAAGUGCGCGCGGCAAGGACGAAAGGCAGAUCAGCGGUCUCAAGAAGCUGCAACGGGAUGGUUGUAGUAGGGAAGCUGCAGCAGCGAAGAGAAUGCAACAGCUUAUCAGUCAGUUUGGUGUAAUACUCCGCCAGAUCACCCAACACAAAUGGGCAUGGCCCUUCCUGCAACCUGUAGAUGUCAAAGCUCUUGGUUUACAUGACUAUCACAAGGUAAUUGAGAAGCCAAUGGACUUUGGUACAAUUAGAAAGCGAAUGGAGGCCACUGAUGGUACUGCUUAUAAGAAUGUCCAAGAGAUAUGUGCUGACGUGAGGCUGGUCUUCAAAAAUGCAAUGAAGUACAAUGAUGAAAAGAGUGAAAUUCAUGUCAUGGCCAAGAAAUUGCUUGGAAAAUUUGAGGAAAAGUGGCUCCCACUACAUCCUAAAGUUGCAGAGGAGGAAAAAAGACUAGAACAGGAAGAGGCAGAGGCACAGUUAGAUAUACAACUUGCUAAGGAUGCUGCUAAUGCCAGAAUGGCCAGAAAAAUAAGUAAUGAGCUUUACAAUGCAGAUAUGCAUCUGGAAAAACUCAGGGCAAUUGUUAUUUCAAAGUGCAGGAAAAUCUCGACAGAUGAAAAAAGAAAGAUAGCAGUGGCCCUUGAUAAAUUGCCAAUGGAGGAUGUCGACAAGGCCUUGGAGAUUGUUGCCGAGUAUGAUCCAAGCUUCCAAUCAAAGGGUGAUCUAGUGGACCUAGAUUUAGAUGCUCAGAGUGAACGCACUUUAUGGAGGUUGAAAUUUUUUGUUAAGGGUGCCUUGGAAGUUCAAGAAAGGAGCUCAACUGUUGUUGUUGAUGCCAACAACAACCACGAUCGCACUAAUGAAAAUAAGGCCUACUGCAAUAACAACAAGAAGAGGAAGAAGGAGAUAUGUAGUGCUAUUGCUAGAACUGCCAAGAAAAGGAGUUUGAAGCCCUCGUCCUAAACAUGUUGAACCAUAAAAAGAUUCCAUCAUUGGGGCUUUGUCCUUAAUGCACUCGGUAUGCAACCAGAUUUGUUAUUCCCCCUUUUUGGAGCUUGGAGGCAUUAUCCAAUACAAUUCUUUGAACAAUAGUGCUCUGUAAAUUUUGUCGCACUGAUAAGCACUCUUGCUUUUGAUGUUAGUGUAAUAACCCUGAACAGCUGAACCUGUGAGUACCCAAAAUAGCAUCUCAAUUGAUACAGCUGUACUCUAUGCACUGCCAGUCUAUAGUAUCCACAUUAGAAACUUCAUCU